CUGGCAUCGCGUUAAGAGGGCUGGCCCUGCCACUACUCUCAACCCCUUGCAGACACUUCAGGAGGAAGCGGUGUGUCCCAUCUGCCUUGAUUACUUCAAGGAUCCCGUGUCCAUGAGUUGCGGGCAUAAUUUCUGCCGAGGGUGUGUGACGCAGCUGUGGGGCAAAGAUGAGGAAGACGGGGAAGAAGAGGAAGAUGAAUGGCAGGAGGACGACGAGGCAGUGGGGGCCAUCGGUGGACGGGACAAUUCCAUUCGAGAGGUUUUAUAUCAGGGGAAUGCUGACGAGUUGUUUUUCCAGGACCAAGAGGAUGAUGAAAUCUGGGACGGUGACGUAAGGGAUUGGGACAACAUGGAUUAUGUGUGGGACCAGGAGGAGGAAGAGGAGGAAGAUACGGACUAUUACCUGGGAGGCUUGAGACACGACCUGAGAAUUGACGUCUACCCGGAAGAAGAGAUAGUGGAAGAAUACGAUGAGGACGACGAUGAGCUGUAUCCUGACACUCACCUGCCUCCUCCUCAGCAGUUCACCUGCCCCCAAUGCCGAAAGAGCUUUACGCGUCGCAGCUUUCGUCCCAACUUGCAGCUGGCCAACAUGGUCCAGAUAAUCAGCCAGAUGUGCCCCACUCCUAAUCGAGGGAGUCGGGGGAAUGAUCAGGGGAUCUGCUCCAAACAUCAAAAGGCUCUGAAACUCUUCUGUGAGGUGGACAAAGAGGCCAUCUGUGUGGUAUGUCGAGAAUCCAGGAGCCACAAACUGCACAGUGUGGUGCCAUUGGAUGAAGCGGUACAUGAGUACAAGGUUCAGCUGUUGGCUGCUGUAUCACAAGUCAGACUGUUUAAACUUGCUCCUCUCUACUCCUGUGGCUAUACCCUGGACCUCAUCCACACACAGACGUGCUACGUAUCUGAAACCCUCAACUCCAAUUGCGCCGUGACCUUAGCUAGUGCAGUUAAACAUUCUAGAGCAGUUAAACACACUCCAGUAAUACCUGCCCUUCAUCUUUAUGGAAGCCACUGUUCCACUGAUUCCUAAUUUUUUUCUUUCCCAACUUAUAGAUACUUGCUAGCCUCACUUACUACCCUUCUGACCCUGGAGCUCAUGAUUAGUCUUGGCACAAAGAACUGAUCCAAGUUGUGGUCUAGACCAGGGUUUCUCAACCUCAGCACUCUUGACAUUUUGAGUGAGAUAAUUCUUUGCUCUGGGGGAUGGGGGAUGUCCUGUGCAUUCAAGGAUGCUUAGUAGCAUCCAUGGACUCUACCCACUAGAAGUAUGUAGCACUCCCCACCAGUUUUGACAACCCCAAAUGUCUCCAGAUCUUGCCAAAUGUCUUGGGCGGGGGUGCAAAAGCAUCCCUGGUUGAGAAUCUCUUGCCUAGUUUCAGGGAAAAGUGGUCAUAUCUACAGACAUGCCGUUACUAGCCUCACUUAGGCCCUAUAGCCAGUGCCUGGCACAGGUGUUCAAAAGUCUUCAGUGGAAGAAUAGCCUCACCUAGCUGGAAUUUUAUUAAAUGUCGCCUUAGCAUCAGUGGAUUAAUUGAUAUGACCCCCUGCUUCUCCCAGGUCUUGGCAUACAGGUGGCAGGGUCAAGAGGCCUUUUUUAAACAUUAGAGCUGCCUAUAUCACUGCCAUCAAAGACUAAGAUAAAGCAGUAUAUGAAAUUAAGAUCUAGAAAUAAUGAGUAAGAAAAGGCAAUCAUUUCAGCUAUUCCUUAGUUUCAACAGGGCCACACAACAGUUGUUUGUUUUGUUUUUUUAAGUAUUAUCCACAACUUACACAUAAGACCAGAGCCUCUCUGUUCCUGUCAGAGUGGGAGUGACCUUAGACUGAUAUAUUUAUAUAGCAUCAGCCCUUAAAGCACCUUCUUAAAACCUAAGGCUCCUCUGCCAUUGACCAUCAACCUCUGGCCCCUAUGCCAUGCCUCCUGAAACCUUUAUAGCAGUGGUCCCCAACCUUUUUAGCACCAGGGACCGGUUUCAUGAAAAGACAGUUUUUCCACAGGGGGUGGCGUGGGGAAUAUGGUUCAGGCGGUAAUAAGAUCGAUGGGGAGCAGCAGAUGAAGCUUCGCACAUUCGCCCACUUCUCACCUCCUGCCGGACAGCCCACUUCCUAAUAGGCCGAGGGCCGGGGCUCAGGGACCCUUGCUUUAUAAGACCUAUAGAUUCUAUGCUGUUUGCCACCCCUAAUCCCUUACUGCCUUUGAAAGCUAUGCUGUAACAGUGAAGUGAUCACAAAUAUUUAUUGACUGAUAAAAUGGGAAUACAAAAAGGGGGAGACAGGGACACUAGCCCUCUAUACCAGCUCUAAAAGGACUUUGUGCAAUGAUGGAAGUGUUCUAAAUCUGUGCUAUGCAAUAUAGUACAGUUACCCCUGGCGACAUAGGACUUUUGAGCUCUUGAAAUGUGGCUAGUGCAACUCAGGAACUGUAUUUUCCAUUGUAUUUAGUUUUAAUUUUAAAUACUUAUAUAUGGCUAAUGGCUAUCAAAUCAUGUUGAACUAUACAGUUCUGCACAAAAAAGGCAGGUUGAAUUCUGGUCCUCCCAAGGACCCUCAGGAGUAGUAAAGUCCACAGGGAAGAUGAAAAGGAGAAGUAAGACAACUUCCUUUUCUUUGUUUUUGUUUUUUUAAAUCUGACCAAAAUGGCCUUAAGCCAGUUAUACUUGUGAUCCAUGUGGAUCACAUGUGGGAGAUGUGACAGGGGAGAACUCUAAUGAAAAGUAGGUGAAAAACAAACUAUUACCCCCCUUUCCAAAAAGAGCUGGGGCUAGAACCUCAAAACAGGAGGGGUAUAAGUAUAAAUAAGGUUUUAUUUGGUGCCCUGACUUUUUGAAAAUGGGAUGAGGGGCAGAACCUAGUAUUAAAACAGAUAAGUAGGUUCUUCCCUUUCUCGUUUCACACUAAAUUGUGACAGAAGGUGGUGAGGCAGUCUUGGAGUCCUGGAAGGGAAAGCAGUUUGUGCAGGCAGUGUUCAUAAAAGAAGACAAAGUGAGAGGUUCUAAGAAUAACAGGGCUGAAGAGGAGAUUGUGAGAGCUAAAGGUAGUAAUAAAUUUAACUCUUAAUGAUAGUGUUUGCCCACAAAACAGAAUCCUCAGAGGUACAGUAUGAGAAUCUUGGGCUCAUCUGCGCAUGAGGGAAGUAUAGGAGGAAAUGCCACAAGGCUUCUGUUACCAGGAGACCUGCUACUCUUCUCCCCAACUCUCCCCCUUUCCAAAGAAGGGAGAAAAUGGAUACCUCAGGGAUUUGAAUUAGAAACAGCCUAAACAACAGGGAGGCUCAUUCCUCCAUAUCUCACUAGCUGAGGUUCAUGCUUAGGCCUUCCUUGCUUUUUCCGCAUCCUAAAGGAUUCAGAUCUAGAGUUGGUCAGAGCCUUCUGGUAGACAAUUCCACCUGGCAUCAGGCAGGGUCCCUGCAAAGAUAAGGGGGAUCCAGGUGGCCUGCAAGAGGAUUCCUGAAGGUCACACCCCCUUUUUGUCUGCCAUUUCCUAAAAUCCCUGCUCUCCCUCUAUAGCAAAGAUGGAAUUUCUAAGCAGGCUCUGGCUCUUUAACCCAAGUGUGAGCAGGAAAGUGUUAUGAGGGCUGAGGGCUGUCUCCUCAGCCCUCAUAUCUUGUAGUAAGCUAGCUAGCCUCAACGUUCCAUUUCAACAUAAUCUCUUAACCCUGGUUCACAUGAAAUCCUCUUCCUGGUAAAAAGCUGACAGCAGGCACCCUGGGUCACCUUUUGUUUCUCCCUACCACCUACAGCUCCUUUAAAUCCUUUAACAAGGCAAGAAGCUUGCCUUCUGUUGGCAUUUCUUAUAGUCCUACCUGGAAUACAGCCACCUGCCAGAUCAUGCCCAUUUUCACAGCCUCUGACUCUGCACAUCUGCUAAAGCACCCAGGGCCUGGGGAAUCCCACAGUCCAUCUCUCAGGGAAGACCUAAUAAAAUGCCUUAGCAGCUUUCUGGGCGACUGUUAGACCUCAGAUUUCUGCCUAAGAUGGACAAGGAAUCUUUUCCAAGAGACAUUAGAAAAUGGCAUAUGAUUUCUAAGAUCUGUUCCCAGCAUUGAUUUAAUGCCACAUCUCCACCUCUCACUAGGAAGAAUGGAACAGAACCUAUCAUUAUAGUCUCACGUUUCCUUGUCUCCAGCCUUUUUGAACUUUAAAUCUUUAGGCCUCAAUCAUUAAAUAGCUUCUGCAUACAGAACCCGACUCUAAACCCUGGAGUGAAUGAAGCAGGGUAGAGAUGGAUCGGAAGAGAUGUUCAACCCCUCACUGAUAUUAUGGCCUUUGGUAAGUCCUCUGUUCCUUCCUUUGUAAGACUCUCAUGAUCCUGUAGGAGACCCUCCUGUCCAGCUUCUGAACUCUACUUGUUUCUAGUCUUACUCCUCCAACCUAGCCUUCACUUUGACAACAAAUGCCUUUCAGUAAAAUCAAGGCUAGGCAGGAGAGGGAUGAGAUAAUCCUAAAGAGACUGUCCUGGGCUUCAGGACAAAAUCACUAGGGUUCCCUGCCCACCUUGAGCUUCAUUAUACCUUCCCUCUUGAAACCAUCACUCCCAAACUUGCGCCUGCAAACCACUUGCACACCUUCUCCCCUAAACUGGCCCCUAUGCCUGGAACACCCUCCUACUUCCCUCUAACUACUCAGCCUAUGAGACUAGCCACCAAGAUUAGAAUCUUCCACAUGUCAAACCUUCUACAAGGCGCUGGGAAUGCAACAUGUAAGCAGAAACAGCCUAGUUCAUGUCCUUAGGGUACUCACAGGAGAGGCUGGUGGAAUUGAAAUGAGACCCACACACUGCACCACCAUGACAUCAUAAAAUAAAGGAGCCUGACCUACAUCUGAGGGUCACAGAGGGCUUCCCAGAUGUGGCAACCAGAGCUGACACCUGAAGGAAGCUUAGAUUUAACUAAGAAAAGGAGGUGACAUGGUGGGCCUUCCAGGCAGAAGAACAAUGUGUGUUCUGUGUGGGAGAGAACUGAUGAGUUGGAGGAGCAAAGCAGGGCCAAUGCAGUCACGGCAUCAGAGUAUGGGGCGUGCCAGAGCCAACCACACUGAAUCUGCAGAAGGACAGGAAAACAAAGGGAAGCCAACUGCCCAGGGCUGACAGUCAGCAGGCCCUCUGGUCCUGGCCACACACUUUCCCCUCUGUCCCUCACCCACCACAUACAAAAGCCCUCACCUCAGCAUUCAAGGGAAGACCUCGCUCACCUCUUGAAUGCUGGCAGGAGGGGAAUGGAGGCCUCUGCUUCUAGAGGUCAUGGGCCUCUGGCAAGAAGCCUGAGGGGCUCUUUCUAGCUGUGUGGGUCCUGGGGGCUCCCUUCAGAAAAGGAAUGGUGAGACAGACUUCCUUAGAAGAGCCUCUCCAAUUUCUUGUGUGGGAUUGUUACCUUGUGUGGAAUGGAGGUAGUGUCCGCAGAGACAGGGGAAAGAUGGGGCAGCCCAGGGACUCAGACAAUAAGUGGGUGAGACAACACUAAACUUGGGACCAGGACCAGUUCUGCCUCCAGGGCGUGGGUGGCCUGGAGAAGUGGGAAGAUGGCUUGGAGGAGAGCUGAGUCUUCUCCAAAGGUCAGGUGAGAGCCUCUAGCAGGCUUCCACCUCCCUGAGGUUGGAGAAAAGAUGCCCUGGGUGAGAAGAAAGAGGCCUGGAGGCCGGCCCAAUCUGGCUGCGGUAGUUAGGCUUUGCUGUGAAAGAUGCAGCUGAUUCUCAAACUAUCCACCAGUUGAGGGACAUCACUCUGCUGGAAGGGGCCAGGUUCUCUGCUAACCAACAGUUAACCUACAGAUUCCUACUCGAGAGGAGUGAGGAGUCCAGGUGGACCCCUAACUGUGGCCAAGUGAGGGCUCAUAUGCCUAGCAGGGAGCCACAGAGCACCCUUGAGGGAAGAGGACAUGGAUGGGGCUCAACUGCUGCUGGGGCUGGGUGGGAAACACCACUCCACCCCCACCCCUACCAGAGCUACCAGUGAAGAGGUCCCCAGCAUCCCCAGGGUUGGGGUAAGGCCUUCGGCUCAAGACUGUCCUUCAGUGGCAUUGUGGCCUGCCAGUCUACCCUCCAAGAGAGGAGAGGCUGGGUGGUGGUUGGAGGAAGUGGAAAACCUGAAUCCUGCAGGAUCUCUGAUCGAUGGAGAAGUCCACUACAUCCCAUUUCUCUCUCUCCUCCACUGGCAUCGCCAGCUUAGUCCUGGUGGGUUCCAGGCAAAACCCAAAUCCCCACCUUGGCCCCAUAGGAGAGGCACUGUCAGAAUCUCAAGAGCAGAGACAAAUGUGGGGAUAAGCCUGUGGGUUGGGAAAGUUACCUUUAUGGGUCUUGGCCCGGAGGCAGGCAGAGGUGAGCUUGGGAACCCAGGAAGGCAGGGCUUAUCUGGGAGGCUUCUGGAGAAGAGCCUAGUGUACAGAAAGGUCGCAUCUUUGAGCCAGCAUGAGGGACUUGGCAGUCUCCUUUUAACCUGGUCUCCUGGCACCCUACGUCAGGGAUGUGGGUUCCACAGGGGCACCCUGGGCAAAGUUCAAGAAACAGAGAGCUGAGUGAGGUUUCCCCAGGAGAAAAAAAUGUAAAAUAAUGUGAUUGAGUGAUGGUGUCUUUGGAGAGUGGAGGUAGGAGAAGGAGGAGCCAGUGUUCUUGAGGACAGAGAGAUUUUGUGCAACACAUCUCACAUUCCACACCAAGGUGACCGGAGAAUCACUCAUCUCUCCACUGUGCUGAGUGCCCAGGAGGCGCAGGCAUGGUCCAAGUCGUGGGCAGCGAACUGGAUACUGGGGUGGGUAUAUGCAAGGGUCUCCCACAAACAACCACAGGAGAAACAAAACACUUGGGUGGGGGUGGGGGGUAGAGGUCAGUGUUGGAAAAGAGACAGGACAGCCAGCUGGGGGCGCCAGGGAGCCAGGUGAUGUACAAACCUGGGAUCCUUGGAGGAUAGUAGUUAAGCUAAGAGGAGCACAGCCAACACUGUGCCUGAAGAGCCCAACGUGGCUGUGGAGGAAGGCAGGGGUCUGCAAGGCACCAGGAGAGUAGCUGCUCUCAAGGAACAGAUUCUGGCCUUCUUCGCACACCUGAGAGGCCAUAGCCCACAGCAGCUUUGCCAUUGUCCAUCGCCUUCCUUCCUUGUAGAAGGCCUGCUAGAAGGCCUAGCAUGGCUUUCCAACGUUCUUCCCCCAGGCUGCGAGGCCCUCUGUCAACUGCCCCGAACUCCAUCUCAUUUUUUGGUCCCCAGGGUCUCCAACGCUCCAGCUCAGGACUUUUGCACUGACUCUUCCCUCCGAUUGGAACAUUAUCCCCCCCACAAAUCCAUAGGGCUCUCUCCUACAGUCCUGCCUUUGUUAAAAUCUCCCCCUCGAGCUCGCUUCUCCCCAUUCCAAUUUGCAUCGGAUGUAAACUCAAAAAACAAAAACAAACUGAUACGUUUUAUCCUGUUCAUAGCUGUCUCCCCAAGACCUAAAAUAGGGUCUGGUACCGAAGAGGUGCUCACUAAGUUGCGUGCAUUUACUCUGCCAGACAUUUUUCUGGGCGUUUUACCUAUCUUAAAUCAUUUACUCUCCACACCAUGUGAGGUAGGAAUUAUUAUUCCCAAUCUCAUUUCACAGAUGAGAAAAUAAACUUAAUACAUGUUAGAAACAAAAAAAGAAAUACUUGGGCACGCCUGGAGCCCCAGACCCACGGACCUUUCUGUUAACUGAUUUGGCCCGAGCCCCGAAAAGUCAGAACCCCGUAGGUCCUUCCUCUUGGGGCCUUUCAGUUUCUGCCAGAGCUCUCCGCGCUCCUGCCCAGGCGGGAGCGGGGUAACUGUCCAGCAGCUCACAGACUGAUUUUUCCUUCAUCCCCGGUUUUCCGCUCCCUAACCUAUGCCAGCCUUAGUUCUGGGUGGACUAAGUCUUUCCGGGCAUGGACUUCCUCAACAACCACCAGAGCUUAAACCUCUUGAGAGAAGGGUUGUCCCCCGCGCAUGGAAAUCUGUUAGGGUUUACUAGUUCACCUUAGCACAGUUUAUCUUUAAAAUUUAAUACCGUAUUUUUCACAUUGCCCACCGUUACUCACAGUUGCGCCCACAAA